AUGGCUGCAACCCUUGAACGCCAGCGUGACUAUGUGCUCACCCCACCCAGUGUGGAGGAACGUCUAUGUCUAGCGGCCGGCCAAACAUUGGCAACGUGGGUCAUUGGCCAUGGGCCUAAGACUCCUGAGGAGGUGGUGAGCUGCCAGGCACUUCGUGAGAGGUACCUGGAGACGCACCGAACGACUCAAAGUCAGUACAAGGCACGCCUUGACAUGCAAGCGCGUGGUACACCGGUUCCACCGAUCAAGGGUAUACCCAUUCUCUUUCUCGCAGGCGAAACAGUAAGCGAAGAAGACAAUGCCUUCGUUCACUGGGUGCACUAUGUGCGUCGCCUCAGCAACAGUUUUGCUCUAAGGGUUAGUGCCCAUGCGGCUGAUGUGCGUCUCGAACGCAAGCUUCGGUAUGAUUAUGCCAAGCUUAAGGCCAGAGGCCAAUUGCGCAAGCGCACGCGCUAUGCUUCGGCUACUAAGGUAGCCGCGAGUGCUGGUCAGUCUGUGGCCAACAACCCGCCAACCCGCACCAUUAGUGGUGCGGAUAACGGCCUCGGUCUCGAGAUGACCAUGGCCACGAUGCUCAAAAGCCUCGAAAGCAUAUGGGCAGUCUUGCCGCAGAGGUACCUCAAAUUCCCAUGA